AUGGAGCUGUCUGCAGUGGGGGAGCGCGUCUUCGCCGCCGAGUCCAUCAUCAAGCGGCGCAUCCGAAAGGGGCGCAUCGAGUACCUGGUGAAAUGGAAAGGCUGGGCCAUCAAGUACAGCACCUGGGAACCCGAGGAGAACAUCCUGGACUCCCGCCUCAUCGCCGCCUUCGAGCAGAAGGAACGAGAGCGUGAGCUGUACGGGCCCAAGAAGAGAGGACCUAAGCCUAAAACUUUUCUCCUGAAGGCUCGGGCCCAAGCGGAGGCCCUCCACAUUGGGGAUGUACACUUUUCUGUCAAGCCUGGUUCUAGCACCUCCUCUCCCAAGCUCCACUCCAGCGCCGCAGUGCACCGGCUCAAGAAAGACAUCCGGCGAUGCCACCGCAUGUCCCGGCGCCCCCUGCCCCGUCCAGACCCCCAGAACGGCGGGAGCAUGGGUGGCGGGGCUGGCAUCCGUCCUCCCGUCUCACCCUUCUCGGAGACCGUCCGCAUCAUCAACCGUAAGGUGAAACCCCGCGAGCCCAAGCGCAGCCGCAUCAUCCUCAACCUCAAAGUCAUUGACAAAGGCGGGAAGCCAGCCAACGGGGCCGGGGGCCUGGCUCGGCCCAAGAUCCCGUCCCGAAACCGCGUCAUUGGCAAGAGCAAAAAGUUCAGCGAGAGCGUCCUCCGCACCCAGAUCCGCCACAUGAAGUUCGGCGCCUUUUCGCUCUACAAUAAGCCGUCUGCUGCGCCUGCCCCCUCUCUGGAGGGCAAAGGGGAGGCCGAAGGCUCCCAGGCAGCAUCCUGUGGGCUCAUUAUGGGCUCCACCCCCUAUGAUGCCCCCAGCUCCAGCUCCUCCGGCUGCCCGUCACCCGCCCCCCACUCCUCCUCCGACCCAGAUGAUUCCCCUCCGAAGCUGCUCCCCGAGACCCUCAGCCCAGCCAUCCCCGACUGGCGCGAGUCGGAGGUCCUCGACCUCUCGAUCCCACCCGAGUCAGCCGCCACCAGCAAGCGUUCUCCCCCAGGAGGGUGCAGUGGCGGGCAGACGCCCUCCUUGUCCCUCUCUUCUGACCCAGAGCAGGAGGCCGGCGACUGGCGUCCCGAGAUGUCCCCUUGCUCUAACGUGGUGGUCACGGAUGUCACCAGCAACCUCCUCACCGUCACCAUCAAGGAGUUCUGCAAUGCGGAGGAUUUUGAGAAGGUGGCGGCAGGCGGUGGCGGCGGCGGAGGCAGCAAGUGAGCAGCCAGGUCCCCCCGCUCCAGGGGUGUGGGGGGAGCUCUACCUGCGAGAAGUCGUGGUGCGAAUGGCUGUCCUUAGUUCUCUCCUUCUCCCCUUGGCUGUCCCUCUGCCCUCACUGCCACCCUUCCUCCUCCUUCCCCCCUGCCUGUCUCCCUCUUGCCUGGAGGCUGGAGCGUGUCAGUGGUGGGGAGCGAGGGCA